CUCAAACUAGACUCCUCUUUUACCCUUCUCUCUCUCUCUCUCUCUCUCUCUUUCUCUCUCUAUUCUAUCCACAAACGGACACUAUUUCACGGAAUCUCUUCGGCGACAGAUAAAGAGGAGGUAGAGUCGCCGGAAGGGCAAAUCAUCUCCGGAGUUCCGAGAAAUUCAUCGCAUAUAACUCUCUUUCUCCCCCUUUCGAUUCGAUUCACUUCACACACAGACGUAAGUUACUGAAUCAGCUCGAUUGCCCAGGUUUCCUGCGACUCGAUACUAUGGGCUGCGCUGGAUCUCUGCAUAAGAAUGGAGAUGAUGCUGUCAACCCUGUUAAGAUACGGAAGCCAAAACCCUGGAAACAUUCAUCAGAGUUAACAAAGGAUGAACUUUUAAGGAUGCGCGUUGAGUUUUGGGACACUGCUCCACACUAUGGUGGUCAGAAAGAAAUCUGGGAUGCACUCAAGGUAGCCAUAGAGGCGAUAGAGGAGAAAAACAUUACACAGGCUCAAGCUAUAGUGAACAGUGCUGGUAUUAUUGUCGAUGUUUCUGACAUGACAGUCUGCUAUGAUGAGCGAGGUGCUAAGUACGAGUUGCCGAAGUACGUGUUGAGUGAACCGACAAACAUGAAACACACAUGAGAGGCCGAGAGCUAUAAGACCGAGGGACAAAUGGGGUGCUUGGUUGUUGGAAAUGUAAAGGUAUGAUUUUAGUCUAUCUCUCUGCAGUUCGUUUUGUGUUUCAGGGCAUGCAUGAAAAACGUACUGUUUUAGCAAACUAUAUGCAUUGUUGUAGAGACUUGAGCGGUAUUUGGUUACUUCCCUUAUGCCCCUCAAAACUUAGAAACAUGGUCAGGUAUCCCAUAUUGAAGGGAUCAUUAUGACUUUUAUGAUACAUAAAAAAUUGAAUGAAUCUAGACAUGAUGUAUGCUCGUAUUCAUUCAACUUUUGAUUUAUCACAAAUGUCAUAAUGGUCAGAUGAAUCUGAAUGAAGGGAAUACUGAGUAGGAAUUCAGUGGUUGUCUUAACGCUCUUCGUUUAUUUUUUACAUUUAUUUUUUCGUUUUCUAGCAUGUGCGACAUGCGCGCAUGUGUACAUAAUGUACCAAAUACAAAGCCAAGUUUCCCAUUCCUUUUAAACUCAUAAAAAAGUAAAAAAAAACAGAGCAGUUUG